GGUGACGUCACGCGGGGGAGAGUUCAAGGUUCGCCCGGCGGGAGUCAUGGCCUCCGAGAAGCAGCGUGGUGGUGGUGAUGUUGGUGAGGGGAUGGAGCGUGGUGAUGGUGGUGGUGAUGGUGAAGCCUCUCCCGGCCUCGCCAAAAGCAGGCGAGGCGUCACCGUGUCCCGCGAGCUGCUCGGCGUCAAAGGAGGCCCUGUCAUUCCCAAGCAACUCUUCAUAAACCCCAGAGUGGCCCAAAGGACUCAGGCUGCUGGCUCCACCAGCCGCCUGCCCCCCAGUUGCGCGCUGAGCCAGGUGAAGAAAUUCCUGCCUCAGCUGGCAGCUGCCAACGACGUCCUGCAGAGGGAAAUGCAGGAGAUGCCGGCGGGACACUUCGAUAUCGAGCAUGUGGACGACGGGCAGGAGCGCGUCAUCGAGAUGAGCAUCUCCCUGGUUGAAGGGGACAACUCGGACACGGACGAGGAGGAGGAGGAGGAAGACUGCAGCUCGUCUGGGAGCUCAUCCGACUCGGAGAUGGCGGACGGGGGGGAAGGACUCCCGGUGAUGCCGAGAUUGCGCUUGAGCCAGAAGUCGGCGGCGCAAGCGCGACAUCGCAUCGUCGAGCUGGACACUCUGCCUGCUACGGACCAGCCGCCACGUGAGCCCCAGGGCACGUGACCAACGCACGAGGAUUCUCUUCCGCCAAAUCCUCCCAAUGGUGUCAGGAUGUUCUUUUGUGGUUGUUCUUUUGCCCCAGAUGACUUCCUCCUGGCUCUGUGUAGAUGCCUUUCUUUGCCUCUGUUUAAACGUCUUACAUUCUUUUGCACAAACUGACGUUAAUUAGAUCUUUCACGCAUUGACCGCCAUAAAGCCCAAAACGGGUCAUGCAGUGCCUUCCCCAUGUGGCCUUAGGGACAUACAACGGGGCUUAUUUUCUUGUUGCAUUGUUUUCCUCAACGUGCUUUUGGCCACCGCAAUGUGUUAACAUAUUCCUGCCAAAUAAGUAAAUAAAUAUGGGCCAGAAUUCACGUGCUCUUCAUCUCGGUGCGACCAUUACAUUGCGGCUGAGACGCUGACCUUUGUCGAUGACACUCUUAAGCGUUCCCUAAGGACCUUUAUGAAUGUGGCUUACCUCUUCAUUUCUUUAGGGAAUGUUGCAUGCAAGCCAGAGUGGAUAAGCGGAGUGGUCGGUGCUUUGUUGUUGUCAUCAAUAACAACACGGCGAUGAUGGCGAGAGGAUCGGCGAGAGGAUCGGCACGAUGUAUGGGUUCAGGGAAAUCUGCUCGGUCACCCCCGGCAAGAGAACAUGGCCCCCAGGAGGGUGGCGAAUGUGGGCGUUUAUCGGCGAGCUGCCCUGGUGCGCGAUGGAUUGACGCGCGCGAUGGAUUGACGCACGCGUACCGUGGCCUAAUAUCCAUAACGGGACUUGUUUAUGUGUGUAUUGAAAUUAUGUUUUGUAUUGCCAAAUUGAGUGAUGUUCAUUAUCCUCUGCUGCCCCUAUAGCCCCUGCCAUCCAUGCAGUCCACUCCCUGUUCAAGUCAAGGCUCAAGACCUUCCUCUUUACCUAUGACCCACUGCCAAUUAAAUAUCUAUGUAUGUAUGAACUUCUUCCGUGCCGUACGUAGCCAACCAUCCUAAUCGGAGGUGUGGGGGAAGGACAACAAACACAAAAAGCACUUCUAAAGAAAUUAGUUUUCAAUCGAGAUUUAAAAGUGCACAGUUCCAGUGGCUUCCAAAUAUUGCAAGGAAGAGCGUUCCAGACGGCCGCAGAAGCGCAUCUAAAAGUGCCUGAUGCAGUGGCCAUCUUUGUUCGAUGGUUGGCCAAAACCCGCCACUUCAAGGAUGGACCGGAGUCCGCGUGAUGGUUUAUGCUCACUUGCUUUAUAGCAGUGGUUCUUAACCUUAUUGGAGGUACUGAACCCUGCAAGCUUCAUCAGUGCAUUCACCGAAACCUUCGUGAUUGGAAAAAUAAAAUUUGAUUUCUUCAAAACAUAGGUAUAUAUUUUAUUAGUGCACAAAAUGAACCAUGCAUCAGUUGCACACAAAAUCACUGUGUUCAAAGAACAAAACCAACAAAACAUGAAUUUCACAAAAACAUAACUCAAUUAAUAUUUACUGCAAAUCAAUGUGACUUUUGCUGUUGCCUUUCAGAUAUAAGUUCAGAAAUUCGCGGCUUCACCUUGGCAAGUGCCACUCAUCAUUUUCGCAACAAAGUCUGUUCCUUUUCUUAGUUUUUAUGUCUACCAUCGAAAAAUAUUGCUCGCAAUGAUACGUUGUAACAAACGGUGUGAGUAUCUCAAGGGCUGUCUUAGCAAUAAGAGGGUAUGGUACGAUUUGGUGAUACCAAAACGUUGAGAGCGUUGUUCUGAAGAGUUGCUGUUGAAGCUGGCUCUGCUGAAGUUCAAUGAUUUCCUCGAGGUAUUCAUCGUUGACAUCUGCUGUCGCUUCACUAAACGUGAACGGCUGUCUCACCCAUGCUGGAUAUGACUCUGGUGGGGAAGUAUCCGUCGGGAGACUUUGCGAGCUCAUCUAAGUGCAUGGCAAUUGCUUGCUUCAGCUCCCCAGAUACAGAAAUGUCUCCAAUUCCAGGCACGAAUUCGAUCUUACUUAGUCGUCCACCGGGGGAAAGUUUGCGAAGUUAUCAUUCUCUGUCCGUCGUUUCCAUAAAGGUAGUUUUUUUUUAAACGCCUUCAGGUUUUCCGUUUCGAUUAUGUUUACUCCACCUCCCUGCAUCUGUCGAUUGAGAUGAUUGAGAGCAUCGAAAAUAUCGGCCAUGUACGCCAAAAUGAGAAUGAACUCAAUUUUCGAAGCAAUCUGCGUGACAAUGUUGGUACUCUCGCAAAAACAUGGCUAAUUCCACACGCAAUGGCAAAAACGAUUCAGCACCUUUCCCUCGGAUAACCACCGAACGUUAGAAUGGUACAGAAGUACCUCGAAUUCAGAGCCCAUUUCCUUACACAGCUCUUUGAAGAUGCGGUGCUUCAUAGCACUAUUUCGCACGUAGUUCACACAUUCAACUACAAUUUGUAAUACUUCUGCCAGUUUUGGAGGCAAGGUUUUUGUUGCCAACGCAUGUCUGUGCAGAACACAGUGCGUAACAAUGGAGUGUGGUGCAUCAGAUUUCACCAGCGCUCCAAAACCAGUGUCGUCCCAGCAUGGCUGGAGCUCCGUCCGUACAAACUGCAGAAACCAUAUUCCACGAAAGAUCGUUGUCUCUGAAGAAGUCAUCCACGAGUUUCUUCACAUCGACUGCCUUGGUUGUUGUAAGAGGCUUACAAAAUAAAAAAAAAUAUUCCUUUAUCACGUCGUCUUUCAUAUAGCGCACGAAUACAACAAGCUGGCUUAGAUUGGAAACGUCGGUGGUCUCGUCGAGUUGGAGGCUGAAUUUUGCUGGGCUUGAAAUCAGAUCUGCAACGACUAGAGCCAAGAUGUCAUCGCUCAUGUCUAUUUUGCUGCUGCUGAUAGUGUCAUUUGAAAGAAGAAUUUGGGAUAACUUAUCUUCAGCUUUUCCCAGCAUGAUGUUCGCCAUCUACAAUGCAGCUGGUUUUACGAUUGUUUCACCAAUGGUGUGUGGUUUGCCCUGCUUUGCGAUCAGGUGCGCAACUUCGUACGAUGCUGUGAGGAUCGGUUUGUCGAUGGUACAAAGCAGAGAACAGGCAGAGUAGCCUUUUCAUCGAAUCUGGCUCUCUUCACCUUGAAUUCAGCGAGCGUUGUGUUCUUGUAUUUCCCAUCUCCAUGCAGCUUUAGGAAGUGUUCCUUUAGUUUUGCCGGUGCUAGACUAGAAUUGCUCAACUUGGCAUUGCAAAUCAUGCAUUGAGGACGCUGACUCCCAUCGCGUUCCUUUAUACACGUGAAUCCAUAUUGUACGUAUUCGUCCAACCACUUUAUUUUUUUGCUCGACAUAGUAUGAAGGGAUUGAAAGAUUAAAAGAAAAUCACAAAUGACGUACAAUCACAACAGCCACAAGUCGACUACUGAGCGCACCAAGUUCCUGAUCACGCAAUGUGGCGUGAUCAGCUGCAGCCAAUGAUGGCCAAGCGGAGCGUGACGUCACGAAUAAUACAAGUGGGCUGAAUUUAUUUUGUGUAACAUUUUUACUAAGCAACUAAAUAUUUGUAAUCUAACACGGCGAAGAAAAAUUGUGUUGCCAAUUUUUUGACGGCCGACAAAAACGGCCUGCAUUACCGGUGCGAACCGGGCUGCUAUACUGUGUGUGUCUUGACCCCUGCUGAACCCCGGAGAGUGACUCAACGAACCCCUGGGGUUCGAUCGAACCCAGCUUAAGAACCACUGCUCUACAGGGUCUUGAGAUUCAGUCACAUUUCCACGCUGUAUAAAUUAACAUUGUACAUUGUCGUAUUAAUGCAUCAAGUUGUUGCUGUUUAUUUUUUUAAGCUAAAAGUGUAAAAUGUGUUUCAAUAAAUGCUACAUCAAUUGAGAA